AUGCACUCUGCCACCUCUGCGCUCCACUCCCCCUCACCCACUCUCCCUCUCUGCCUCUUCACCCCCCCUGCGCCCCCCUCCCUCACAGUGCCGAUUCUGACAAGCUUGAAGACAUCGCUGGGAGUGCCACACCAGGGGUGGGGUGUGCAGACGCUGUUCGCAGUGCCCCCCUCAACCACUCUCCCUCUCUGCCUCUUCACCCACCUACUUGCCCCCCUGCACCCCCAUCCUCGCAGUGCCAAUUCUGACAAACUUGAAGACAUCGCUGGGAGUGCCGCACCAGGGGUGGGGUGUGCAGACGCUGUUCGCAGUGCCCCCCUCAACCACUUUCCCUCUCUGCCUCUUAACCCACCUACUUGCCCCCUGCACCCCCCUCCUCGCAGUGCCAAUUCUGACAAACUUGAAGACAUCGCUGGGAGUGCCACACCAGGGGUGGGGCGUGCAGAUGCAGUGCACAGUCACGUGCCGAUUCUGACAAACUUGAAGACAUCACUGGGAGUGCCGCACCAGGGGUGGGGCGUGCAGACGCUGUGCACAGUCACGGGCAUCUACAGGGGCCCGCAGGACAUGUCGGCCGUGAACUGCAACAUCCAGGGCGCUGUGGUGGAUAUCUUCCUCAAGCAGCGCUUCAUGCGCGGCAUCAUGCACCCCGACAUCUCCAAGUUUACUGCCCUCUCCGCCUUGGAUGUGUCGAGCAACUUCCUGUCAGGCCCGCUGGACCCUUUCAUCUCGCCCCUCAACGGCCUCACCGCGCUGAAAUAUCUGGUGAUGAGUUACAACUUCUUCUCAGGCUCGCUCCCCUCCACCAUCGCUUCCAUCAAGAGCCUCUACAUGCUCAAGUACCCUGUCGCCAGCUGGCUCUUCUGUGCCCCUCUCCCACCCCGUCCCCCCAUGCCGCAUGCGCACGUGUGUGUAUGUGAUCUGUGCGUGCGUGAUGUGGUCUCUGCACGUGGCGUUAACAGGAGCGUGGGGUGGAACUACCUGACAGGGUCGGUACCGGUGCUGGGGACAUCAACCCUACAGGUGUUAGACCUCAAAAACAACUACUUCAUUGGCAAGUUCCCCAUCACCGCCAACUAA